AUGAGGGACAUGAACGAAGGCCCGACCCGGCUGGUCGGGGAGGGCGCAGCUGCAGCAGCAGCAGCAGCAGCAGCAGCAGCAGCAGCAGCAGCAGGCAGCAGCCUGCAGCUGCCGCGCGAGGCCCCCGAAGCCUCCGCCUACCUAGGGAUGCGGGAAGAGGCCCUGGAGGGGCCCCAGGGGCCCCCGGGUACUGGGGGGCCCCCCCCCUCCCCCGUGGCGCAGCAGCUAAAGGCUUUGCUGCUGCCGCCCCUCUUCGGGGGCCCCCGCUGCUGCAGCAGCAGCUCUUCAGCAGAUUCUCCUGCAGUCUCUCCGGCCCUCGAGGGGGCCCCUGGGCCCGCAGAGCCUCAGGGAAGUCCCACUUUGCUGCUGUCAGCAAUGUCUGCUUUGGGGGCCCCCCUCAAGCCCCCCCCGCAGCAGCAGCAGCUGCUGCUGCUCAAGCAGCAGCAGCAGCAGCAGCAGCAGCAGCAGCAGCAGCAGCAGCGCGCUCCCGCCACCCUCGCGGGAACCGCUGCUGCUGCUGCAGCAAACGGAGACGGCCACGGGGCCCCCGCUGCCGAGGCCCUGCAGGGGCCUCCUCACUUGGAAGCAGGGGAGGGCGCAGGAGCAGCAGCAGCAGCAACAGCAGCAGCAGCAGCAGCAACAGCAGCUGUUGCUGCUGCGAAGGCCCUGGCCGGCAGAUGGCCUGCGCCGGAGCCCGCGCUGGAGCCAGGCCUGGCGCGGCCGCCCACGCACUGCAGCGCGGGCCCCCCUCAAGAAGCAGCAGCAGCAGCAGCAGCAGCAGCAGCAGCAGCAGCAGCAGCAGCAGGGGACACCGACAGCUCCGAAUUCACGGAGCCCCUAAAUUGCUUGUCUUUAGAACGCCUCAUUCUUCCAAUCCCUUCGGACUUUGGGGCCCUUUUGGGUUUGGGGGCCCCUCCCAAGGGGGGCCCCCCACGGGAGCGGGCGCAGCAGCAGCAGCAGCAGCAGCAGCAGCAGCAGCAGCAAGGCAGCGACUGGGAGGGAGACGCCCCGGAGGCUCCGUGGCAGUUCGCCUCCCUUGCUGCCUCCGUCAGCCCAGCAGCAGCAGCAGCAGCAGCAGCAGCAGCAGCAGCAACGGAAGACGAAGAAGAAGCAGAAGAGCCGCUGCGCAGCAGAGAGUCUGCAGCAGGGCCCCAGGCGCAGCAGCUAACUGCUGAGGAUCUGCUGCAGCAGCAGGGGCCCCCCCGUGCGUACUGGAGCGACAGCAGCAGAGCGCCGCAAAGAAAGGCUGCUGCUGCUGCUGCUGCUGCUGCUGCUGCGCGCAGCGUCCCCCGCAGCCGCAGCAGAGCCGUGGGGGCCCCCAAGAACCCGGGGGGCCCCACAAGGCAAAAAGGGUACCCUUCUUGUGACCUUUGUGCUUCUGAAGACAGGCUUGUAUUCCUUUGUGCUGCAGCAGCAGCAGAAGGCUGCCUUGCUGCUGCACCUGCGGACCCCGAGACGCAGGAAGCAGCAGCAAACGCCAUCGCAGCAGCAGCAGCAGCAAGGGGCCUCUUCGCCGAGGGCCCCUCGGGCAAAUUUAUGGAAGUGGUGGCUGGCUUGUGGGACCGAAAGGCUUCAGGAGCAGCAGAUGCUGCUCAACCUGCAGCAGCAGCAGCAGCAGCAGCAGCAGCAGCAGCAGCGGGAGAAAGCGAGCACCAAGAAGAGGGCGCGCAGGAGCCGAAGCACUGCUCGCAGCAGCAGCAGCAGCAAAAAGCAGACUCCGAGCGCCCAGAGGGAGAGCAGCUCUCAGCGCAGCCUCAGCAGCAGCAGCAGCAGCAGCAGCAGCAGCAGCAGCAAAAGCCUGUGGAGAAGCCGGCGCUCACAGAGGCCGAGACAACAUCUACCAGCAACAAGAGCAGCAGCAGCAGCGGCGACAAGGGCACCACCGCCACCACCACCGCCAACAGCAGCAGCAGCAGCAGCAGCAGCAGCAGCAGCAGCAGCAGCAGCAGCAGCAGCAGCAGCGCAGAGGAGGGCCCCUCAGAAGACAUGCAGCUUCUUGCCUGUGGCUUUAUGGCCCUCUCUUGCACAGGCACAAAACUGCCCACAGCAGAUUGCCUGGCGGAGCUGCAGCGCAUAUGUGAGGGGCCCUUUUGUGGGGCCCCUGGGGGGCCCCCCGGGGUGGGUUCGGGGCCCCUGGGGGCCCCCCUGGGGGCCCCCCUGGGGGGCCCCCUGGGGGGCCCCCUGGGGGCCCCCGAGGCGGGCGGGGCGGCUUCGCUGUGCCGCGGGGACGGCCGAGACCGCGCGCGGCCCGAAGCGGCCCUUGCAGCAGCUUCGCUGGCCCCCGCAGCAGCAGCAGCAGCAGCAGCAGCAGCAGCAGCAGGAGGGGGCGCCGCGGGAGCGGGAGAGGGCGCGUGCGCAGCGUCUGGCGCAGCAGCAGCAGCGAAGCCGGAGCCCGGAUCGCCCGCGGCUUCGGGCCGCGCAGCAGCAGCAGCAGCAGCAGCAGCAGCAGCAGCAGCAGCGGCGGGGGGCGAGUUGGGGGUCGCUGCGGAGCUGCUUUCGCGGGGAUCUUUGUCGGAAGCUCUUGAGAAGGCCCCGAAGGUCUGUGGGGUCUCUUUGGACACUCAAAGACAGUCUUUUUUGUCUUAUUUUCAAUGCCAAAAAGCAGAAAGAAGAAGCCGCAGGGGCCUUUCGCCUGCGGGCCGCGGCCGCGGCCGCUGCAGCAAACGCUUCCAGUUCAGUUCUCCGCUGGAGUUCUGCAGGGCCUUUUGGCGGGCAGUUCUCUGGCGCCGGCUGCACGAGCUGCAGCGCGGGCACGAGGGCCGCCAGCAGCAGCAGCAGCAGCAGCAGCAGCAGCAGCAGCAGCAGGGGGCGCUCGCCGCGGCAGCCGCAGCCGCAGCUGCGGGCGCCGCAGCAGCAGCAGCAGCCAGGCUCGCCGCUGCAAGCGGCCACACUAAGCCCCCCAGGAAGCUGCUGCAGCUGCCUCCGGCGACGCCUGCAGCGCCAGCAGCAGCAGCAGCAGCAGCAGCAGCAGCAGCAGCGGGGGAGGAGGACCACCUGGUGCAGCACCCCGCCUUCGAAGACGCGGGCAGUGCUGCGAAACUCCUCCAGCUGCACCGCAGGGACCAGCAGCAGCAGCAGCAGCAGCAGCAGCAGGGAGCUGCAGCAGCAGCAGGGAAUCACAGCAGCAGCGUUGCUGCUGCUUCUGUGGGAGAUUUCUUCAAGCUCACGCCCAAGGGCGAAGGGACCACCAGCUUGGCCGCGCAAGCCAUGGCGCCGCUAGGCAGCAGCAGCAGCUGGCCAGUUGCUGCGCAGCAGCAGCAGCAGCAGCAGCAGCAGCAGCAGCAAAGGAUGCAGCAGGGUCCUGGGGACAGUCAAGAGCCCCUAGGGGACCCAUCCAGCAGCACAGAAGAGCCAAGAUUUGCUGCUCUGGGCCGCAGCAAGAGUUUGCUGCGCUCAGUCUCCUCCAUGGGGGCCCGCGGCCGCUUAAGCGCUGCUGCUGCUGUUGCUGCUGCUGCUGCUGCUGCUGCUGCUAAAGACGACCGUGCUGCCUCAGGAGCCGCUGCAGGGGGAGGGCUGCUGCUGCGGCCCCUCAGCGGCCGCGCAGCGUCUGCGACUGCGCCCGCAGUAGCUGCAGCAGAAGCAGCUGCUGGGGGCAGGGCUGCAGCAGCAGCAGCAGCAGCAGCAGCAGCAGCAGCAAGCACUCCUGCUGCCUUCGGGCGCUACUUCAAGGGAACUCGGGGCUACAGCUCUUUGCCGCUAGCAGACGAGGCGGCGGGCUUGUCAGUGUCUUCACUAGCAGCAGCAGGACCGGGCGCAGCAGCAGCAGCAGCAGCAGCAGCAGCACCCAGCGUUGCCGCCGCAGCAGCAGCAGGGGGCCCCAGCGGAGCGCCGCGCGCGUCGCUGCCGCCGCUGGCGUUCGCCAGCAGCAGCAGCAGCAGCAGCAGCAGCAGCAGCAGCAGCAGCAGCAGCGCAGCGAAGAGCAGCAGCGGGGGCCCCCGGGGGGGCCCCUACUCGCCCGCAAGCAUAGCGGAGGCCGUGGCGAAGCUGCCGCGGGUCUACGGGGUUUGCUUCGACAAGCAAAAUGCUUCCUUCAUGGCGCAGCUGCAGCACAAGGGAAGAAGAGAAUGCAAACACUUCAAAAUCAAAAAAUACGGAGACAUCAGCGAGGCUUAUAAUGCAGCUAUUUCCUGCAGAAGAAAGAUGGAGCAUGCGCUUCUCGUGGCUCCUCGGGGGCCCCCGGGGGCCCCCGGGGGGCCCCCGGGGGCCCCCGGGGGCCCCGGGGGCCCCGGGGGCCCCGGCGGCCCGGGGGCCCCCGGGGCCCCCGGGGCGAAGCUCCACGAGGGGGGGCCCCUGGGGGGCCCCCUGGGGGCCCCCGACGCACUUGCUGCGGGCGCGGGGCCCCUGGAAGCAGCAGAAUGCAUGCAGCCAAGAAAAAGGGGCACUCAGAAGCAAAGAAGCAGCAAGAGGGGCCCCCCAGCCCUUCAGGGGGAGGGGGGGGGCCCCCUAGGGGGGCCCCCCAGGGGCCGGGGAGGGGGGCCCCGCGACCAGCAGGACCUCCAGGCCCACAAGCCCUCCGUCGCAGCAACAGCAGCAGCUGCUGCUGCUGCAGUUGCUGCAGCAGCAGCUGGCAGGGGCAGGGCUGCGGCGGCCCUCGCAGCAGCAGCUGCAACAAACCGAAGGGGGCACUUCAGGGGGCCCCCCGUUGGCAUCAAACGCUUCGACCCCGACGGGGCCCCUCAGACUGCUGCUGCUGCUGCUGCUGCUGCUGCAGCAGGUGCAGACGCAGCAGCAAGGGCCUCGGAGGCAGACGUGCUGCAGCGGCUGCAGCUGCAGCAGCUAGGGGCGCUGCUGCUGCAGGGCUCUCUUAGUAGGGCUUUGCGGGCCUCGGAAGCUCCCCCAAGAGCCUCCACGACAGCAACAGCAACAGCAGCAGCAGCUCUAGCAGCAGCAGCAAACGCCCGCUGCAGCCGCAGCAGCAGCAGCAGCAGCAGCAGCAGCAUCGGAAGCUCUUCCACAGCAAGAGAGGCCUCCUGGGGAAAAGCUGAGCUGCAGGCGCGCCUGCAGCGCAGCGCCACUGCAGCGCUGCUCUCGCUGCAGCCUGCUGCUGCUGCUGCAUCCGACCGCCACAAGGAAGCAGCAGCAGCAGCAGUUGCUGCUGCUGCUGCUGGCUUGCCUCAGUCGCUGCUGCAGCUGAUUCCUCCAGCCCCAGCAGCUCCCAGAAGCACCCAAGAAGCAGCAGCUGCUGCUGCUUCCGAUGGGCUUGGGCUCAUAAGUGCCCUUGCUCCAGCAGCAGCUGCUGCUGAAAGCUGCAGCAGCCACACAAGUGCAUCGGGCAGCCUUGCUGCUGCUGCUGCAGCAGCAGCAGCAGGCUGCUCUCCAGUGAUGACGCUGUGGUCCCAAGGCAAACUAGCUGCAGCAAAUUUAGCAGCAGCAAACUUAGCAGCAGCGAACUCAGCAGCAGCAACAGCAGCAGCAGCAGCAGCAGCUCCUCGGAGGCCACAGCCCCAGGCACACACUUGCCUGACAGACAACAACGCAGAAGGCCCCCAGAAGAAGCGAAGAAUUUCUGCUGCUGCUGCUCUUGAAAAGCGCUGCAGCAGCCUCUCGGAGGCCAGCCCUGUGGGGCUCUUAGCUGCCCCGCAGCAGCAGCAGCAGCAGCAGCAGCAGCAGCAGCCGCUUCAGCAGCAGCUGCUGCUUUCGACUAUAGCGUCUGGAACUGCAGCGUCUGCACUUUUGGAUACGCCGCAGAACUUUCUCGUGCACCAGCAGCAGCAGCAGCAGCAGCAGCAGCUCCAGCCGCAGCAGCAGCAGCAGCGGCAGCAGCAGCAGGAGCCGCAGCUGCCGCGGGCCCAACUGCAGGCCCUACUCGAGCUAGCCACGCUGCUGUCGAGCGGGACUGAGCAGCAGCAGCAAGCGCUGAUGCUGUUGGCAGAGACUGCUGCUGCAGCGAGCAGCAACGCCAGCAGCAGCAUCAGCAGGAGCUGCAAAAGCAGCAGCAGCAGCAGCAGCAGCAGCAACAGCAGCAGCAGCAGCACUCAGAUGGAGGCCCAAGUCACAAGAGCUGCUGCUCUCGCUACCAUAGAGAGAGCUCUUGCUGCUUUAACUGGCAGCCACCAGGACCUGCCUGGAGCAGCAGCAAACGCGUCCGCAGCAGCAACAGCAACAGCGCCAGCACCAUCGGCAGCAGCAGCAAGGACGACAGCAGCAGCAGCAGCAGCAGCAGCAAGAGCAACAGCAGAGGAUCUACCUUCCGCAGCAGCUUUGCAGCUGCUGUGCCCCGCAGCUGCGGCCCCCCAGACCAAACCACAAAGGGGCUCCCAUCUUUGGGGCCCUCUUGUGCAGUUGCUUCAGCAGCAGCAGCAGCAGCAGCAGCAGCAGCAAGCCAGAAGCAACGAGCAGCAGCAGCAACUCAGCGAUCCUGCUGCUGCUAGAAGACUUAUGUGGGAGAGGAACUCAGCGCUGCACGGCUGCAGCUCGCUCGAAGAAGCUGCAGCAGCAGGGGCAGCAGCAGCACCCUCAGUGAAGGCAGCAGCAGCAGCAGCAGCUGCUGCUGCUGCUGCAAGCGCUUCUGCAGCAGCUUCAGUUGAGAGAGCAGCAAGAAGCACUGCAGCACCAGAGUACUAG